AUGGACGAGGCACGGUACCGCGAACUGAAAGAGAAGUUGGCCGCUUUGAAAAGCUUGUAUGCCAGUCGACAUUACUCACAAUGUGCCAAAUUUGGCGAGCUUCUGCUGAGCGAGAUGCACGACCAGACUCACCCGCUCCACCUCGCACAUUUGAACUUUUACACAGCGCUCUCCCAUGAUACCUUGGCCCGAGAAGCAACCCUGAAGAAUCGCUGGAGGGAGCUCAGCGUAGCUGAACUGCACUACAACGCCGCCAUUGUUGCUCUGUCCUCGUCACAGUCACCCAUGCAGUGCGACCUCUGGUCACCUACUUCAUCAGGAUCCGCAGUGCCUUCUCCGUAUUCCCGCCGGCGUACUGACUCCAUGCACUCGGAGAGGAGCGCAGCGUCCAGUGCCACAUCGUUGGGCGACGAAGAUGACGAGUGCCUCGAGAUGUCGCCAGGGAAGUUUGCAUCACAGGGAUCCGAUGAAGCCGUGACCAGAGAUGAAAUCCCCACCAUCCCUUCCACAUCGGCUACGCCCACGACCCGACCUCAGACGCCGCAGCAGUUCUACUUCUCCGCCAACAUGGCCUCGUUCGCGGACAUGGUCGCGGGCCACCUCGCCGACGUGCGCGAGCAGAAGCUGCAAACGGGCAUGCCCACCGUCCGCUUCACGAUGCCGUCGGCUCGACCGUCGCCCACAAAAGCCACAGGCCAUAGCCGAUGUCUCAGCGUCGACGACUCGACAGACGGCGACGAGGCGGCCAUGGAGGCGAUACGGGCCAGCCGCCGACAGAGGACGUUCCGCCCGCGCUUUGAUCCAGCGAGCGUGCAGCGGCUGUGCAGAGAGGCGCUGGUCGAGCUGUCGGGCUAG